GCGAUGACGUUAUGAAUCAGGAAGUGAUACAGGUGAUCCCUCAGAGUCCAAACAUGGCUCGUAGAUUGUUGUGCACGACGACAAAACUUAUUUUGGCCAGGCCUCCACUGCCCGUUGGACCACGCUUCUUCUCUCGUACAGAACCAGAACCAGAACCACUGACCGUCCGCAGGCAGAACGACGGAAUCAGGAGAAUAAUACUCAACAAUCCCAAAAAGAGGAAUGCAUUGUCUUUGUCCAUGCUGGAGUCUCUCAGGGAGGACAUCCUUUCUGACCUGGACGGCCAAGAUCUCAGAGUCAUUGUCAUUUCAGCUGAAGGUCCGGUGUUUUCUUCCGGACACGACUUGAAGGAGCUGACCUCGGAGCAGGGUCGAGACUACCACACGCGAGUCUUUCACGCCUGCACGGAGGUCAUGACUCUGAUUCAAGACGUUCCUGUCCCGGUUAUCGCCAUGGUGAACGGCGUGGCCACGGCGGCAGGCUGCCAGCUGGUGGCCAGCUGUGACGUGGCGGUGGCGUCCGAGAAGUCCACCUUCGCCACCCCGGGUGUCAACGUGGGCCUGUUCUGCUCCACGCCGGCCGUGGCGAUUGGCCGCGCCGUGCCCAGGAAGGUUGCCAUGGAGAUGCUCUUCACAGGCACGCCCCUGUCAGCCCAUGAUGCUUUGCUGCACGGGCUGCUCAGCAAGGUGGUGCCGGAGGAGCGACUGGAGGCGGAGACGUUGGCCAUCGCCCGGCGGGUGUGUCAGGCCAGCCGCCCCGUGGUGGCGCUGGGCAAGGCGACCUUCCAAAGACAAAUGUCUCAAGGUAGAGAUGCGGCGUAUGCCACCGCCUCCAAGGUGAUGGUCGACAACCUGGCUCUGAGGGACGGCCAGGAGGGAAUAAGAGCGUUCAUUGAGAAACGCAAGCCGGUGUGGAGCCACCAAGCUGACAAAGUCAGUGACUGACUAGAUUUUUGAUGCACAAAAUGUGAAACAAGUACCUGGCUGCCUUUAAAAGAGACUCUGAUGGAAAAUCAAAAUGAUAGUUGACAAAUAAUCAUGAUCCAUUCUCUGGCUGCUCCUUUGAAAAUACUGUAUGUAAUAAAAUUGUUUUAUAUUCUUAA